UUAGGGCUAGUGUUCAUGACUUCUACCAACGUACGAACCGUGCAAACUAAGGACCAGAUUUAGAUGUUAAGCUAGACCCGCUUCCAAGAUCCAAACCCCAGGACCCCUAUCCAUUCUGAAGCGGACGCAGAACUGUGUUGAGGCUCAUCUCAACGAAGAUUUGCGCCCCAGACCCCCACGUGUAACUUGUAAAAGGUUUAGUGGAGUAUUUAUUAUUCAAAGGGCAAGCAAGCCCCCUUUUUCUUAACCCUAGGCUACAUAUGGGGUUAAAGGGCAAUACCACUAACAAUAAUCUUGCCCCGGCGAAAAUUUUCGCAAACAUUCAAAACGCGGAUACGAGACCCUGAAUUUCUUCUUUCCUUCUACCUAUGUUCUCUAGAGACAGGUGAAUUGCAGGUCAUUCAAGGUCAUUCGAGGAGUCUUCAGCUGGGAAUACUGAAAUCUCGCUUAAGCUGGUCCAUACUGCCAUCGGCUUAAGGCAGAUCCAUUAUGUCGACAGUUACUACUCAGACUGAAGCGCCUGUCGCGAGGCCUCGUGUAGUGCAGUUGACAACUAAAGCAGAGCAGCCGGCGUUGCCAGACAUCAACACUAUCCGAAAGGCUAUUCCUCCUCACUGUUUCCAGCCUUCAACAUGGAGAUCGUUAUCCUACGUUGCGCGGGAUCUCGUGAUGGCCGCCGUACUUACCUACGGGGCCUUGACGUACAUCCCUUCUGUAUCUAAUCCAGCCUACCGUACUUCUUUGUGGGUUGUCUACGGAUUUCUCCAAGGUCUUGUCGGUGUCGGCCUCUGGAUCUUAGCGCAUGAGUGCGGGCACGGCGCUUUCUCGGUCCAUCGAGGUCUCAAUGACACAGUUGGCUGGGUUUUGCACUGCGCUUUGGGUGUGCCUUACUUCUCGUGGAAGUUCUCACACGCUCGGCAUCACCGCUUCACCGGCCAUAUGCAGAAGGAUAUGGCUUUCGUUCCGCAGACGAAGCCCUCCUGGUUUGUUCAAUCGCUAGGAGAUGCUUUGAGUUCUUUCGUCAACUCCGAAGUUCUAGAGGAUGCGCCUCUGGUGAAUCUGAUUCGCUUACUCGGUCAGCAACUAGGAGGGUGGCAGGUAUAUAUGCUUCUCAACGUAACGGCUGGGAAUGAUAGCAUGCAGAACUUAGAGGCCAAAUGGUGGAGGCGCAGCCACUUUGAUCCCUUUAGCGGAGUAUUCCGCCCUCAGGAAGCUCUCUACGUUCUUAUUUCGGAUUUGGGCCUUGCACUUGUAGCUGCAGGCCUCUACUACAGCUCCUUGGCUCUUGGUUGGCAAACCGUGUUCCUCUUAUAUGGAGUUCCGUAUCUCUGGGUGAACCAUUGGCUAGUUGCUAUUACCUAUCUUCACCAUACGCACAAGGACGUCCCUCAUUAUGAUGGUGAACGAUGGACUUUCGUGGCCGGAGCUCUUGCUACUGUCGAUCGUGAUUUUGGCUUCAUUGGCCGCCACAUCUUCCACGGUAUUAUCGAUACCCACGUUGUGCAUCACUUGUUCUCGCGAAUCCCUUUCUAUUACGCCGAAGAAGCCACCGAAGCGAUUAAGCCGCUUCUCGGUGAUCUCUACCAUAGCGACGAGCAUUCAUUUAUGGGUUCAUUAUGGGAAACAUCCCGUACUUGCCAAUACGUGGAAAACGACCCGGCCAACCCUGGAGUUAUGAAAUGGGCUCAAUAGGCCUAUUAAAGAGUUAGAAGGUUCAGCG